AAGAAAAAAAAGUUAUAAAAAAUUUAGGAUUUCAUAAGAGUUGUAAACUUUUGCUGACACUCUACUUCGUCAUGCGACGGGUGCCACAUAUGACUGACGACUCUCUCCACGGCUGACGAAUAAACAGUGUUGGAUGGGAUCAAGGACAAACGAUUUUCGACAUAAAAACGUGUUUGAACUACGAUGUCUAUGAUUGGAAUAGAAACAGUAUACAACGUUUAUAGAAAUCUUAUAUUAAACAACAAAGUUGUUUCGAAACAUGGAAGGCUACGGUCGAGUUGUUGCUCAGACCGCGACCAUUCCCUCCCCACUUGAACUGCUGGCACGGACUUGCAGUAAAGUGAAAUCUGAUGCUUCGUAUUCGCACAUAGUGAAAGAAAUUCCAAACCAGCAUAAAAAUAUCAUCCCACCCCCAAGAAAAAGGAAGAAAGUUGAGAAUGGGUUUACUUCCAAGUCAAAUUAUCGACAUAUCAAGUCUAAGAUGAACACUGACAAAGGUAUUGUUCUACAAACAAAUGAAACACCAUUACCAAUUAUUGAGGAUACCGACACCUACUUAGCGGACACAAAUAAUCUUUACACCGAUUCUCCAAUCAACUAUCAGGAUGCUAUUGAAGAAGUGAUGUCAUCUACCCAAUACAUGGGGGAACCCCCUCUCAUGAAACCUUCGUUUACGUUUCAACCUUUUAACGACAACGAGUUCGAUUCCUUUGUUUCGCAACAAUCUCCAUUGUUUGAACAACAAACAAACAAUAACAUUGAUUGUUUACAAGACAAUGGCAACAAUGAUAGUUUAUCAUUGUCUGAUAUUCUACAAUCACUCAACCCCCCACAAUUGGAUUGUGAUGUCACUAAUGCAUCUGUACAAGUCACAAUACCCCCAAAUACCUCUGCAGAAAACUUGGAAAAGAUUUUGCAACUUACUUUGAAUGCUGUGAGAGAAUACAAGAUUUCUGGCAAAACUGAAUCAGUUGUGAUUACUGGUAAAGUGAACAAUAAUAAUGUGGUGGAUUCAACAUUAAAGGAAACCGUAUCCAGCGCCGUAUCUUCAAUGGGGUUGCUGCAAGUACAAGAUGAAACAUCAACACAACCCACAAAGUUAAAGAAGAGAGCUCCAUGCGACUGUCCUAACUGUUGUAUGUUAGGGUGUACAAGACGUCGAACACACGAGGCAUCCAAGCGCAGGAUCCAUAUUUGUCGCUACACCAACUGUGGUCGUCAAUACACAAAGACGAGCCACUUGAGGGCACACCUGCGCAGCCACACGGGGGAGCGUCCGUACGUUUGUUCGAAACUCGGUUGCGAUCGAAGAUUUUCAAGAUCCGAUGAUUUAUUAAGGCAUUCAAGAACACAUACAGGAGAGAAACGUUUCAAAUGCGCCGAGUGCCCACGUACGUUUAGUAGACGAGACCACCAUGAAAAACAUGCGCGUGUUCAUCUUAAACUGCCUUUCUAACAAUGGUAACAGGUUUAUAUGAACUUUAUGUAGAAGGAAUGAGUGCUAUUGUGUUUAUAUGAAAACCAUAUGCUGGGAACAUGAUAUACAUUGGCUUUAUAUAUAAACUAUAUAUAGUGGGGUUCUUAUACGUCCAGCAUAUUUAUAUGAACCCAAAUAUUUUGUUCCAUAUUCCAAACCAUGUCUUAUGGACUUUAUAUACAAACUAGUGCAGAAUGUUGGGGUUCUAUUAUGUUUAUUAUGAACGCUAUAUGCUGGGGUAGUUUCGCCUUUUAUACAAACUAUAUGUGAUGGCUAGGUUCCCAAAUAUCUGUUGUAAAAACCCAUAUUCCAAGCCAUAUCCAUACAAUAACAUUUCAAGACCCCGAAUCUAUUGUGAAAGUUGCAUAAAAUGGAAAAUGCUGCCGGUUAAGCUUGUUAUGUCCAGUAUUAGGAGUUGAUCCUUGGUUUGUCGCUCAAAAUAAUGUUACAACUAGGCAGCAGUUUUUUCGCGGAUUUUUUUAAAAUCGCUGUUAUGUUAUUCUAAUUUUCUUAUAGAUUUAAUAAUAAUAGUCUAUAGUAACUACUAAGAAGGGCUGUAUUAUGGUGUGUCUAUGGUUUCAUUUCUUGAAUAAAUAAUUUAUGUUUUAAAAUAUGUCUACAGUCUGUCGUUUAACACUAUUGCUAAAACUGCCUGUUUUUUGUUAAAUUUUUCUCGCAAUUUUUUUUUGUUAAAAAUUGCUUUGUCGCUGAAAAUAAUGAUGUAUUGCGACUAGGCAAUAAUUUUUGCGGGUUUUUGAAUAAACCGACGUUCUAUAAUUCUUAUUUCCAGCUUCGUUUUCCAUGACGUACUGUCUGUUAAUUAUUUAUUGCUUAACAUAAAAAUAUCAUUUAAUUUGUAUUUAUAUGAUUUUUAUGCCUUACUGUAUUAUUUCGAUUCUGUUUUUUCUUGGAAAUAUUUUGUUAUAACAUGAAGC